AUGGACCUGAAACCUCACAAUUUGUUACUGCACAAAGGCUCCGAUGGGAAAUAUACACUAAAAGUUGCCGACUUCGGGUUCGCGCAGUACUUGUGUUCGGAGCGCGGCGGCGGCGUGCGCGGGUCGCCGCUGUACAUGGCGCCCGAGAUGUUGGCGGGCGCUUACGACGCAAGAGUCGACCUCUGGAGCGUCGGUGUUAUAAUGUAUGAAUGCCUGUUCGGUAAAGCUCCAUAUUCAUCGAACACAUUCAAGGAACUAGUUGAUAAGAUACAGAAUCAGGAGAAGAUACAGAUCCCCCCAAACUCGUCAAUUUCGGCUGGGUGUCGGGAUUUAUUGAGUCGUCUAUUAAAGCAUGACCCUGACGAGAGGAUAAGCUACGAAGACUUCUUCAAUCACGAGUAUCUAGACUUGGAACACAUGCCCAGCAAAGAAAAUUAUGAGAAGUUUCCUUAUUUAUUGAGCGCAUUGAACUUAGCGGCUGACCGCGCGCUAUGUGCGGCUAAACCGUACAGGGUCGAUAACGCCGUGUGUGGUACGCUGCAGGCGGUCGCGUUGAUGUCGCGCGCGGUCCAACUGGACGGUAGCGCUCGGGCGUGCAGCGACGCGGCCGCCCGCGUAGGGCUCCUGCGGGGCGCCCUGGAGUUGUACCGCGCGAGCCUGCGCCACCUCGUGCCCAGCGCCCGCGCGGAGCCCGACGCCGUACGGAGGGGCGCGCUCAGCGAUAAGCUCACCAGAUACAUGGAACGGGCGGAGGAAAUAAAGGAAUAUUUAAAAUGCUUGGAACGGAACGUAUCACCGUCGCUGCCCCCCGCGGGGGCGGCCGCGGGUUUCGGAAACACUGUCCCCGCUAGUACGUGUAGUUAUACGUACGGCACUGUAGAGGAGCCCGCGUGUGCGAGUUACUCGCGCGUGUCGGCCGACAGGAACGGUACUGUCGACAUCACAUGCCGCUCCAACACUGGCCCUGAUAUAUCCGCGGCGCGUGUGCACUCCGCCCAAGUUACAGAGCCCGUUGAUGAAAAACGGCGAGCGAUGCAAGCGGUAGAAGCGAGCGGAGCGAACGAUCGUCCACGGACGCCUCCACGUUUCGGUAUAAAGCGAUUGUUCGGUAAAAUUAGCGCGCUGCCGACUCUGACCAAUAGCGACUCUAGUCUUGCUGAUGACUCAAGUAACAAAGAGAAAGUUGAUAAUCAAGAUGGCGCCAGCGAAGGCUGCCGUAUCACAUAAUGGCGGAUAUUACAUAUUCUCAUGGAGUUACAGAAACACAAGUAUUAUUUCCCAUCGAUGGAUUUGGAUAUCGGCUAAUGGGAGCUCAGUGCGUUGUAUUUUACACUUAUAGUCAUUGAAAUAAGACUGAUUAUAAAGUAUAGACAUGCAUUCGACAGAUUUGUACGUCAGUGACUCUCAAAGUGUGCAAUAUAAUAUUUGUUUUUUACAUUACCUAAUUGCUAUCUUUGACAAGGUGCCUUCAAAUAUUAAAAUAAUGAUUUCCUCUAGAUAUUUUAGAUUUUGGCAUGUAUCAGAGUAUAAAGACAUGUUGUUCCAUCCCAAAAUAAAACACUAUAUAGAUAAUUCCCAAGACAUAUUUUAGCAAAAGAUUUAGAGCUGCUUCAGCACGACAAACUACGCUAAUAGUUGCCUCAAUUCGAUCUCGACGGUUGCUAAGAAGAGAUCGCUUGUAAGUGAUAAACCCGCCAUUUGUAAUUCUAAUAAUUUUAUAUAUUUUUUAUGUUACUUUUAUAUAAAAUAAAAUUUAUGUUAUUAGUUAUCAAUAAAUAGUACGAUUUUAUUUUAUGGGUACCCUGUAAAUAUUUAGAUUUUUUUUAUAAGGGUUUGAGAACCAUUGGUUUACGUGUAACGUAAAUUCAUGAUGCGUGAUACUGUAGUUUGAUCUCACUUGACGUUGUUAAUUUUAAAGGUUUCACAAAAAAGUAACGCUUAGGAGAUAUCCUGAUUGUAUAUUUUUAUA